AUGGAUGUCAUAGGACCAAUUGAGCCAUCCGCGUCAAACAAACAUCCUUUCAUCUUGGUUGCCAUAGAAUACUUCACCAAGUGGGUGGAAGUAGCAUCUUACUCAUCAGUGACAAAGAAAGUGGUCACAGUGUUUGUGCGUAACAAUAUUAUAUGCCGAUUUGGCAUCCCCAAAACAAUCAUAACAGACAAUGAGGCUAACCUGAAUAGCCAUUUGAUGAGAGACAUGUGUGCACAGUUCUGGAUUACCCACCGAAAUUCAACUGCAUAUCAUCCGCAAAUGAAUGGGGAUGUAGAAGCCGCCAAUAAAAAUAUCAAGAAAAUCCUCCGAAAGAUAAUUGAUAACUAUAAAGAUUGGCAUGAACAAUUGUCUUAUGCGUUCCUGGGAUACCGUACUACGGCCAGGACCUCAACUGGAGCCACUCCGUACCUGUUAGUGUAUGGCACCGAAGCAGUGAUACCAGCUGAGGUAGAAAUUCUUUUGCUUCGGAUAAUACAAGAAGCUGAGUUGGACAAUGCGGAGUGGGUCCGUAAAAGUUAUAAGCAUCUGGCUUUAAUAGAUGAAAAGAGGAUGAUCGUUGUUUGCCAUGGUCAACUGUACCAGCAGAGAAUGGCGCGUGCUUUCAACAAACGUGUGAGAACUCGGGUGUUUCAGAUUGGCAAUUAG